CCAUACUGUACCUGAUUCCAUACCCGGCGCAUCGGGCACUCAAAAGCAUUCCAUAUUCGCAAGAGAUAGUCGCAUUGCCUCUCCGAUAUGUCAAAACGAAAAGCAGGCUCCGACAUAUCAACUCGGAAACCGGGCCAGGUCUCCAAGCUUCAAAGCAUUCUCCCUCCAUAUACAAAAGUGCUUUCGACGGCCGUCGUAGCAAGCCUGUGGGCUGGUUACGGCACGAUCUCUCGGAUCACAGCCCAGGAAACGUCGUCGAAGCGGAAAGUGUCUUACAUUCUGAAAACUGUGGAGGCCGAUCGGGGUGACCCGAAGGACGAAGGUCACAAUCGGAAAGUCACCUCGUAUAAGGUUGAAGGGACGUUUUACGAGAAGGAGCAGUUUGCAAAGUCUCUGAAAAAUAGCCUCGUCGGGGAGGUGCCUAUCCCUGAGCCACUGGCUGUGCGUAUGAGUAGUGGGGAUCGGGACGGGUUCAGCUUGGGAAUACUGAUGUCGGACCUACACCCCGUGUAUAGUCGCUCAUCCUCCUCGCUCGAUUUUGCGGACGCAUGCUCGGCGUUGACUUGGCUGGCCCGGUUUCAUGCCCAUUUCUGGGGUUCUGAGCCUUCCCGUUCCCCCACCGACGCAAAAGGCACUCUAUCGCCGUCAGGAAUAUGGAAAGAGGGCUCAUAUUGGCACCUGGGAACGAGAACGGCAGAGUUCGAGAGCAUACCGCGUUCUAAACGGUGGGACCCGUUCAGGAGGCACGGUGGUACUAUCGCCACAAUGCUGGCUUCACGGAUGCAGGAGGACGAAGUGGGUAUGCGGUAUCGGACCGUUCUCCAUGGCGAUCCCAAAGCAGAAAACAUCCUGUUUAAAGCCAAAGGCGCUGCGGAAGACGGAGGGCCAGGUUGUGCGUUUUACGACUUUCAAUAUGCUGGGUAUGGCGUGAGCGCCGUUGACGUGGCGUACUUUCUCGCGACAAGUGUGCACCCACGAUUACUCAGCGAGACCUCCGAGUAUGAGCUGUUGACUGUCUACAACACCGAAGUCCGCAGGUGUCUCCGACUCAGGGGACUACAUGUUGAUGCCGAGGACUUCACACUAAGUCGAUUACAGAUUGAGUUGGGUUGGGCUAUCGUCGACUGGGUUCGCUUCAUGGCCGGGUGGGGGACGUGGGGAAAUUCUGAUUGGGCUGAGAAAAAGGCGAGGUUGGCAUUAUCCCGGAUGGGUAUGAACGACUAGGUAUCAAGGAAGGUGAUUCGAGAGACGAUCGC